UCAAAGUCAAUGUCACUACCGCAAAAUCAGAAUCAGAUUCUGUCUGACUUGUUUGUAGUUUUUGAGAUGUUUUCGUGUGGACCUUGAAGAAAUAAAGAUCGAAUGUGAUUCGUCCGCUAGUACCGUUGACGUUGUAGUUUGUAGUGUUUGAUUUCGCACGAUGACAAAAUAAUGCAACGGUAUUUUGUUGAAUAUUCUCAGUCUCACGACUUAAACUAGUACAAUGGUACAAAUUAUUAAUAAAAUUUAACUUCUAUUAUAAGGCCGACGUAGUGACAAAAUGCAACUAACUACUUUAGGGAAUAUUAUCAGCGCUCUCGCUAUAACUACAACAAUAUUGCAGUUUUUAUCUGGCGCCCUCGUGUGCAAACAAUAUGUUCUUAAUAAAACAACAGCUGAGAGUUCAUCGCUCCCUUUCGUUUGUGGCAUGCUAUGCUGCUACCUGUGGUACCUAUAUGGAUCAUAUAAAAAUGAUAAUGUUAUAAUGAUAGUUAAUAUAGUAGGUAUAACACUAAUGAUAAUAUACACAGCAGUAUUUUACAUAUAUACAUUCAAGAAGUCUGUCGUUAUAAAACAAAUAUUCUGUUUGCUUUUUUUUCUGGCCUUUGUCAUAAGUUACACAUACAUAGAAGAUGACAGUGAAGCACUCUAUGUUACACUAGGUUUUGUAGCUAGUAUGUUUACAUUAGUAACAAUAGCGGCACCGCUGAGUAAACUAUUUCACGUAGUGAGGGUACACAGCACGGAGUGUCUGCCCUUCCCAAUGAUUUUGAUGUCUUUCUUUGUAUCACUGCUGUGGUUUCUCUAUGGGACAAUACAAGAUGAUAUCUUUUUAUGGCUUACCAAUCUAGUUGGAGCGAUUUUAGCAAUUAUUCAACUGUCGCUCUUUGCUAUAUAUCCCAACAAGUGCCAGUCUCCAACUUUAAUGAAGAAUAUAGUAGAAUAAUUUAUUUAACAUUAUAAUUUGCUGUGCAAGAAGCAUUUUUAGUUUUACUAUUAAUAGUAUUAAUUAUUUAAAAUUCAUGACAUAAAUUAUUAUUUAAAAUUUA